GGCGAGCAGAGCGGCGCGCCUGUCCGGAGCUCGGCUGUGGCGCUGGAGGAAGCUGAGGAGGCGGCGGCGGCGGCGGCAGUGGGCCCGGACCAGCUCCCGUAAGUGGAGGAUGAGGCGCCGGGGUCCCCCAUGGGCGGGUGUGUGGGCUCCCAGCACGACUCUUCAGGCAGCCUCAACGAGAACUCGGAGGGCACCGGAGUUGCUUUAGGUCGUAACCAGCCUUUGAAAAAGGAGAAACCAAAAUGGAAAAGCCAUUAUCCUAUGACACAUGGACAACUGCGCAGCAAGAGAGACGAAUUUUGGGGUACUGCACCAGAAUUUGAAGGCCGUAAAGAGAUUUGGGAUGCCUUGAAGGCUGCUGCGCAUGCUUUUGAGAGCAAUGAUCAUGAACUGGCACAAGCGAUCAUUGAUGGUGCAAAUAUAACAUUACCACAUGGUGCAUUUACAGAGUGCUAUGAUGAACUGGGGAACAGAUACCAGCUUCCAGUCUAUUGCUUAGCACCACCAAUCAACAUGAUAGAGGAAAAGAGUGACAGAGAGACUCUAGAUAUUCCUGAGCCACCACCCAAUUCUGGAUAUGAAUCUCAGUUCCGUUUGUGCUUUUCUACAGGAAAGACCUCAAACUUGUGGUUCGUAGCACAGACACAGUAUCCACAUGAAGAGACGUUACAUGCAGAUGAAGGAGUGGAACCAAGUAGUCAGCAGUGGUUUUUCUCUGGCAGACCUCUCACUGACAAAAUGAAGUUGGAAGAGCUGAAGAUCCCAAAUGACUAUCGUGAGCCAGACUUUGCAGAACCCAACACCAGUUGA